CAGAGUGAUUGUGAGAAUCGGAGAUGUCUUUUUCAGUAGUAGCAGCUUUAGUGGUGGUUGUAGCACUAGUGGUACUGUGGACAUGGCGGAUCGUGAAGUGGGUCUGGAUAAAACCGAAGAUGCUUGAGAAUUACCUGAGAAGACAGGGUCUUGCCGGAACUCCUUACACGCCUCUCGUCGGAGAUAUUAAGAGGAAUGUUGAUAUGAUGAUGGAGGCGAGAUCUAAACCCAUCAAUAUAACGGAUGAUAUCACCCCACGCCUCCUUCCUCUUGCCUUGAAGAUGCUAAAUUCUCACGGAAAGACUUUCUUCAUAUGGAUUGGACCAAUUCCAACGAUUGUGAUAACAAAUCCUGAGCAGAUCAAGGAGGUCUUUAAUAAAGUUUACGACUUUGAGAAAGCUUCUACAUUCCCUUUGAUCAGAUUGUUAGCAGGCGGGCUCGCGAGUUACAAGGGUGAUAAAUGGGCGAGUCACAGGAGGAUCAUCAACCCGGCUUUUCACCUCGAAAAGAUCAAGAACAUGAUCCCUGCCUUCUACCAUUGUUGCAGCGAGGUUGUCUGCCAAUGGGAGAAGCUAUUUACAGAUAAAGAAUCGCCUCUUGAAGUCGAUGUUUGGCCUUGGCUUGUGAAUAUGACUGCGGAUGUGAUCUCACAUACUGCUUUUGGAAGCAGCUAUAAAGAAGGGCAGAGAAUAUUCCAACUACAAGGGGAAUUGGCUGAGCUCAUUGCACAAGCUUUUAAGAAAUCUUACAUCCCUGGAUCGAGGUUUUACCCAACAAAGAGCAAUAGAAGGAUGAAAGCAAUAGAUAGAGAAGUAGACGUAAUACUGAGAGGUAUUGUGAGUAAACGGGAGAAAGCGAGAGAAGCUGGAGAACCAGCAAACGAUGAUUUGUUGGGGAUACUGCUCGAAUCAAAUUCAGAGGAAUCUCAAGGAAAUGGAAUGAGCGUAGAAGAAGUGAUGAAAGAGUGCAAGUUGUUUUAUUUUGCGGGACAAGAGACAACUUCAGUGCUUUUGGUCUGGACUAUGGUUUUAUUAAGCCAUCACCAAGAUUGGCAAGCUCGUGCACGAGAGGAAGUGAGGCAAGUACUCGGUGAAAAUAAUAAACCCGAUAUGGAGUCCCUUAACAACCUUAAAGUCAUGACUAUGAUCUUCAAUGAGGUUUUGAGGCUAUACCCUCCGGUGGCUCAGCUUAAACGAGCUGUCAACAAAGAAAUGAAGCUAGGAGAGUUUACCCUUCCAGCUGGAAUUCAAAUAUAUUUACCAACCAUUCUUGUCCAGCGCGACACCGAGCUUUGGGGCGAUGAUGCAGCAGAUUUUAAACCCGAGCGGUUCAGAGACGGGCUCUCAAAGGCAACAAAGAACCAGGUCUCCUUCUUCCCCUUUGGGUGGGGACCAAGGAUUUGCAUCGGUCAGAAUUUUGCUAUGUUGGAGGCAAAGAUGGCAAUGGCUUUGAUUCUACAGAAAUUCUCCUUCGAGCUCUCUCCUUCUUAUGUUCACGCGCCUCAAACAGUCAUGACCACUCGUCCGCAAUUCGGAGCUCAUCUAAUCCUGCACAAGCUCUGAUUUUGUAUCUCCAUGGUGAUGUCAUCAAAAGUCUCAAAUAUGUAACAAAAAUAUGUCAUAGAAAGGCUUGUAGCCGUAUGUUGUGAAAUUUACAAUAUCGUUGUCUGAAACUAGUAGCUAUUCUAAAGGUAAAGGUCUUCUUCAGUCAAGUCUAAGGUCAUUUUCUAUUGUGGCUGCAUUAUUAAUCUUGAAAAGUCUAUACCAAGAAGCCAAUUUCAACUCUUCAAUCUUUAGGAUGUGUUUUGGAUAAAGCCAAUCGUUUCUC